GGGCACAUAGAACCUCUACUUUUCUCGCUCACUCUUUGACAAUUCUCACAUCUCUCACUCUAUAUAUCACUUUACGGGAUUUACAUAAACCACUAUUCAACACACAACCCUUUUCUCUUUAGCUCAAUCUCCCAUGAUGGCUUCUUUACGAGCCCUCCUCUUGCUCACAUUGUCUAUGGUUUUAAUCCCCUUCUCUUUAGCUCAAGCUCCCAUGAUGGCUCCUUCUGGCUCAAUGUCCAUGCCACCAAUGCCUAGUGGCGGCUCUCCGAUGCCAAUGAUGACUCCACCACCUAUGCCUAUGAUGACUCCACCACCUAUGCCUAUGGCACCACCACCUAUGCCAAUGGCACCACCACCUAUGCCUAUGACUCCACCACCUAUGUCAAUGACUCCACCACCUAUGCCAAUGACUCCACCACCAAUGUCCAUGGCUACACCACCUAGCCCAGGCCCUAGCCCAGCAUCAGUCCCUGAUAUGGCUUCGCCUCCGAUGCCAGCAAUGGAGUCUUCUCCUUCUCCGGGACCGGGGCCCAUGCCACCUGCUAUGGCCUCGCCGGACUCUGGAGCUUUCAAUGUAAGAAUCAACGUCAUAGCACUUUUGUUCGUUGUUGCAGCCCAUUUGCUUCUCGUUUAAGAUUAUUACUGAAUUAUUGGUCAACAUCGUUUUCGUGUAAUUUUACUUUCAUUUUUUCGAGCCAAUUGUUUUUCAUCGUUUUAUCAUAUUUGAGUUUGUGUUGAUAUGUACGAUUCAGACAUUUGUUUGCUUUAUCAAUCUAUCGUUGACUCUAGUUGGUGUAUGUGAUGUAAACUCAUAUUGUCUAAUCCAAAUUGCC